AGGCCAAACAACGAAGCCUUGGAGAACAAGGCUUAAAGUACAUUCCAUUCUCUCAAAGUCCACGCGGAACUGGAAAAGGUCUCCUUCAGUGAAGGGGAUUCUAAAUAAACUUCAAUGCCUUGGAAUUGAAGCCAUCCUUCGCUAUAAAUUGUUGCAAUUAUACUUAGAAAAUCCUGUUAAUGUUACCGGCUCUUCACUGUAAGCAAAGCUCUCUGUAAAGGCUAAACUAUAUAUAACUUUUUUGGCCUUUUUUUUUUUCCCUGUGCAAAGAUGCAUCUGUACAAUGCUUGGUUACCUCCUCCGGUGGCGGAAUUGGCCGUUAAAGAAAAACAGGCGUUUACAGAGGUGGUAAAUACGAUCAAGUCUACGUGGCACCCGGAAGAUCCCGCCUCUGCCUUUGCCACGCUCAAGUGGAUUCCCAUCGUGCAAAAUUUUCUGAAAGCAAAAAGCGAAAUUGCUCUAGAAGAUGUGAAAGUGCUCAUUGAGACAGGGCUGGAGUUAUUUUUCCAGUCACAACAUAACCUUAUUGUCCAGGUGAGGUGGGGCAAUCUCUUGGCGAGGCUGUUGAAGAAACAUGGAAAGAAACUUGAUUUAAAAAUUCUCUGGCGACCAUUUUAUAAUCUUUUGGUACAAAGACACUUCACAAGGUGUCAAAGUGCAGAGGGUUUGAGCUUAAAACGCAAUCAUUUGGAUGCAUUGAAAUCUCUAAUUCAUUACAGUCGGAAAUUUUUUCCAUCAGGGUCUGCAGAAGAAAUAUGGCUCGAGUUCAGAUCCCUUAUGGACAAUUUAUGGCAUAACUCAUCGUUGGAAGGUGUUGGUUUUCUCCAGUUGUUUUUGCCAACAAAUCCAGUCAACUGUGGUUUUUAUAAUAGCAACUGGAUAAAGGAUGUCUUGGAUCUAUGGGCUGGAAUGCCCAAAUGUCAAUUCUGGGAUUUUCAGUGGGGUUCCAUCAUGUGUCGUGUCAUAAAAAACUGCCCUACAAUCGACUGGGAAUGUUUCCUUCCAGUUCUUUUCACACAGUACUUGAAUAUUUUUGAGGUACCAGUGGCAAAUAACAAUGGAUCAUAUCCUUUUUCAAGAGCUGAUGUUCCAGGAAGCACCAUAUCUGUGUUUUGUUCAAGAAAGCUAGGCACAAUCACGAGAGAAAUUGCAAAAUCAAUUGUAUUUCUGCUGAAACCUGGUGGUUCAGCUCAAGUUUACUUUGAAAAUAUGGUUAGCCUUUUAGAACAAUAUUAUCAUCCAUCCAAUGGAGGUUGGUGGACUUACUCUUUAGAACGCUUUCUGCGAUAUCUAGUCUACUACUUCCAAAAACGCCUCUCACAAGAGGAACGAAAUGCAGAGGUUGAAUCAAGAGUGGAUCACAACAUCCUUGGAAAACUAGAAAGGGCAGCAUUUGUGAGAGUAGUUUUGAAGUUGAUUGAACGUGGACAAUAUAGCAAGAGUGAUACACUUGCAGAAACAGCUGUCUAUGCAGCUUCAGUAUUAUCUUAUGUGGAGCCUUCUCUUGUGCUUCCUUUUGUUGUGUCGCGUUUCCAUAUUGCACUUGAUACUAUGACAGCUCCACAUCAAUUUAAGUCUGCAAUUGCUGCAGUGGCACUUGCUGGCCGUGCUUUACUUUUAUCUUCUUCGGAAGCUUCUGAAAAUGUUUCUUUGCCCACAGAUUACAAACAUGCUUUAAUGGUUUCCAUGUACAAUACUUUGCUUGGUAUGGAUGUGAAUGAUCCUCCUAAAACCUUGGCAACCAUGCAACUCUAUGGAUCCAUAUUCUCUAGUAUAGCCAAGAUUGAUGAUAAAGAAGAUGGCAGCAUGAUGAUGAUGCUUGAUAUCAAUUUUUCUGAAUGGCUGGAUGAAUUCCUUAGCCGUCUUUUCUCACUUCUUUUACAUUUGGAACCAAACAGUCAAUCAAAUGAAGGACUAUUUUUAGCACCGGCUUCAGGGACGUUCCUUGUUGAAGAUGGAUCCUUCUAUUUCUGUUUGCUGGAGAUUCUACUGGGUAAACUGACUAGUCCUCUUUAUAAUCAGGCACUUAAAAGAAUCUCCAAAUUUGUCCAUGAUCAUAUUCUACCUGGGGCAGCUGCAGAAGUGGGACUGCUUUGUUCUGCCACAUUGUACCCUAAUCCUGCAGAGGCAGUGGUGCAGUUGAUUAAGCCGAUGAUACAUUCUGUUUUAUCUUCUCUAAAAGAUUCUCCAUCAACUGGAAUUAGUAGCAAUCAAACAUUGUCUGCAUCAUCUGCAGAAAAGGUAUCAUUAUCUCCGGGUUUGGAAGCCUCAGUUGCAUACUGUUUGAAUGUUCUUUCUGUUGCCAUCAACUUUGGGGGCCCCCAUCUUCUUCAGAUCAGAGAAGAGUUAAAAGAUGCCAUUUCAGCAGCUUUUGAUGCUCCAUCUUGGAAGGUGAAUGAAGCAGGAAACCAUCUUUUGAGGUCCCUUAUUGGAAGUCUGGUUCUUUACUACCCACUAGAUCAGUACAAGUGUAUUUUGAGUCAUCCUCACAUCAAAGGACUGGAAGAAUGGAUAAGCAAGAAGGAAAAUAAUACCGAAGAGGUUUUAGCUGGCCCUAAAUGGCAUAUUCCUAAUAAUGAUGAGAUCGCAUACACAAAUGAGCUCUUGAACUUGCAUCUUAUAUCAGCUUUGGUCAAGCUUAAGCAAAUCUGUCAAAUUGAGAAUCAACAAGAGUCAGGAUAUGAUAAACAACAUUUGAGGGUAAUUCUUCUGCAAAUUGAUGCAUCCCUCCAAGGUGUUCGGUCUUGCUUACCUGAUUUUAAUCCAAUGCCAAGAGAUGGGAAACAUGAAAAUGAGAAACAUAAUACUGCAUUUAUUUGGGGAGCAGCCGGUGUAAGCAUCGGUACUGUAGAAUUGAGACAAGAAACUGCAGAGACAAUUGAUAUCACCUGCAAAUAUAUAUUAACGCAUAGUGCAGACAAUAGCAUGUUGCUGGAACUUCUUGUUGAUAUUCUGGAUGCAUUGGCAAACUAUGGGAGCCUGGAAUAUGCAGAGUGGUCAAACAACUAUCGUGCUCACAUACAUGCUGGAAGAUUGGACCCUGCAGCGAUAAACGAACCUUCCAUAAACUAUAUUACUGGUUUUCAUACUCAAGGAAAACGGAGACCCAGGUGGGCACUGAUAGAUAAAGCAGACAUGCAUAAUACAUGGCGGGCAUCUCAAUCAGGAUACCAUAAGUAUCGCCUUGAUGACAGCAUCUCUCUGCCAGAACAUGUCAUUCUUCUGACAAAUGAUCUCCUAGAUCUUACAAUGAAAGAAUAUGAUGGAGUCCGUCAGAUGGCUGGAAAGUCUCUCAUAAAAUUGCUGAAGCGUUUCCCGUCUCUCAUCAAAUAUUGUAUGCCAAAACUCACAGCGAGCUUAGAAAACUCAGGAACACCUGAACAUGCUGCAUUGGGUGCAUGUGCAAUACUUCAAUCCAGAACUGUCAUGCGGCACAUAAUGAAGGAUUGGAGUGCUUUCUCAUCAUUUGUCUUAGCUUUACUUGGGAGUUCUCAUCAUGAAUCAUUGAAAGCUCAAAAAGCCAUUAGUGAGCUUUUUAUUGGGUUUAACCUCCAGUAUACUGGGUUGCCACGGAUCAAAUCCCAAUCUUCUGCAGAGUCAUCUGAAAAGUCUGCCUAUAUGAGCGUUAUCACUCAAAUAAGAUCUCUCAGUUCUGAUAUUCAAAUUGUGCAUUGGCGAUAUAACUUGAUGGCACAUAGAAUACUUCUGCUAAUGGUACUUCCUUCAUAUGACAAUUUUGAUUUCUCAUCAAAAGCAAGGGAAGAAGUUGCUUGUCAUUUCGCAGUGCAUCUCAAGAGCCAUCUUCCUCCUGUAAGGUUUCUUGCAGCUGCUUCACUUGUUCUUCUUCUGCAAGCAUCUCCCUACAAGAAAUCAAUUAAUGAUAAUUUGCAAUCCAGUUGUUUAAAUGUAGCUAUUGAAUCUUCCCUUGAGGAUGCUCUAAAUCCUAUUCUCACAGGGGAAGGUUUUUUCAAGGACAUGCUUAAUGGUUUGUCCUUUGAUCACUUUUUCGCUGAUUCAAAUAACACAUCUGGUGGAGGAAACCGUAUCACACAGAGUAUUAGAGAUAAAUCAAUUAAUGGAUGGUUUCAAGCAUUUUAUGACCCAUGGCCACGUUCAAGGAACUGGAACUCACUCUUGUGGGGAGGUGCAUUUCUACCCAGCUUUGCUAAACUAUUUAAACGCCUUGUUCAAGAGUGUGGUGAAACUGUACUGCAGGCUUUGCAGAAUCCUUUAGAAGAGUUAUUGAUUGCUACAGAAGAACGCGAUAAGCAGUGUCUAGCUUCUGAGGUUUUGGCAGGUCUUUUGCAUUCUGAUGUAAGCUUAGUUUUAGAAGCAUGGGAAAGUUGGCUGUGUACUGCAGUUCACAAGGUAGUACGCCAGCCAACUGUUGAAACAAAUACAGAGUGGGCUACCUGCAUACGGUUUGCAGUAACUGGGAAAGGAAGGGAUGGAAAAGCUAUACCAUUAAUGCGUCAGAAAAUUUUAGAAUGCCUUGCUGAACCUUUAUCUACGACAGUUGCAACUCACAUGGUGGCCAAACGGUUUACUCUCCUAUCUGCUGCAUUAAUAGAGACUUAUCCUUCCUGCAUGCCACCUACAGAGAUAACUUUGCAAGAAAACUUAUUAGAGGAAGUUUUGAAUUGCAUGGGCCAUUCUGCUGCCCAGGUACGAGAAUCUAUUGGCACUCUUCUUAGCAUUUUGUGCUCAAACCUUCGUCUCGAUUCAGCAUUUGCAGAGCAGCCAUCCAGUCUGAUGGAAAGACUUAAUUGGAGUGCAUUUCUUGUGGAAAGAGCUGGUUUAUAUGCAACGAAGAUUCACAAUGCCAGUAAAUCAAAUGUCCUUGAUGAGCAGCUGUCGUCUUCUGAUGACAAGAAUUAUAAAGGUGAUACUGAGGAACAAGAGCAUAUAAAAUGGAUGGAAACGGUGUUCUAUUUUGUUAUAUCAGCUUUAAAGUCUGGACGAGCUUCAGUUUUGACAGACAUAAUUGUUGGUCUUCUCUAUCCAGUUAUUUCCUUACAGGAGACUUUGCAUAAGGAGCUAUCCAAUUUAGCAAAAGUAGCUAUGGAACUUUUAAAAUGGCAGAUAGUUCCCCAGCCAUAUGUAUCAUCAGCUGUCUCUGUGCUUAUAUCUGCAACUAACGACACUAGUUGGCAUACUAGAAUUGCAGCAUUAACGUUUCUGCAGUCCUUCAUGUAUAGGCAUAUAUUCCUUUUGUCAAGCUCUGAAACUGAGCACGUGUGGGAUCAGCUGCAAAAGCUUCUCACAGACGAGCAAGUAGAGGUUAGAGAACAGACAGCCACUGUGCUUUCGGGGUUAAUGAGAGGAAGAAAUGAUAAAUUGGUCAAGGCUUUUCGUGAGAAUUCACUCAAAGAAGCACUUUUGCUGCAGAAGGGAAGCAAAACAAGGAUUUCAAAAGCUGGUUCAUCUUUGGCUUGCAAGCAUGGGAUGGUGUUAGCUUUGUCAUCUUUGGUAUUAUCAGUGCCAUAUGACAUGCCAAGUUGGCUUCCUGGUACUAUAACUAUAUUAGCGCACUUCAAUGGAGAGCCAUCACCAGUAAGAUCCACUGUUAUGAAAACGAUUGCUGAGUUCCGGCGAACCCAUGCAGAUACUUGGGCCCUCCAAAAGGAUUCGUUUACUGAGGAGCAACUUGAGGUUUUGGCUGACUCGUCAUCAUCAUUGUCAUAUUUUGCAUAAUGAAAAGUGCAUGUAGACUGACCUUCCCAUUUAUAUUAACAAGCAAAAGUACUGUCAACAAAUAUAUAAUUAUGAGAAUAAGCGUAGCAUACAAGUCAUAUUCCAGCAGUGGAAAUGAAGCUACAGUUAACACAAUUAUGUUUUCCAUUUUCUUGUUGAAGAUUUUAGUUUUUGGAUCACAAAUAAGCCUGUAGGAUGUUUAAGCAGUAUUUCUUAUAAUCUGCAAUUAUUUUUUAUUAAAUUUUCAGCACAAAAGAUUGUCUCACAGCUAUUAAGCCUACAGCAUUUUUUGGCUGUACGAAUUUGUGAUGCUGAUUUUAGAUAUGGAUUUUGGUUUGAUUCCAAACAUUGUUGAUUAAUAAAGCUUACAUGAGCAACACCAUCAUUCAGCUAAUUGCCUGUGACUGAUGGUGCUUUGCCUGAUUGAGCCAAGUGGACCAGAUUCAGAGUCAUAUUUUAUCAUUUUGAUAUAUUUGGCUCAACUACGUUGAUGGUUUUGAAUGCAGGACUUUUUGGUAA